AUGAGUAACAUCCCAGUCAAACUGUUGAAUGAAGCUCAAGGCCAUGUGGUAUCUUUAGAGCUCACUACUGGUGAGACUUACAGAGGUAAAUUGGUGGAAAGUGAAGAUAAUAUGAAUGUACAGCUAAGAGAUGUGACCGUCACAGGUGUUGAUAGCCAAGUGACAAGAAUGGAUCAUGUAUUCGUGAGAGGAUCGCACGUCAGAUUCUUUGUAGUACCUGAUAUGCUAGAGAACGCACCUCUAUUUAAGAUUGGACCUCAAUCGAGACCAUCACCACCAAUUCGUGGGCCUAAAAAGAGGUAA